AUGGAGAUGUCCUGCAACAAAGACUUGGAAUUUUCCAUGACCCGGUGUGCACCGCGUGCGAUGGCAACAGAAGGUCGAGGUGCCUGGCGGCCACUUCUAAGGAUGAGCAUCUUGCUGCUGUUGCUUCCGGCCUACCAGGCCUUUCUGGCACCUUUCGCUUCCAGCCGCCGUUUUGGACUCCGAACGCUGCGGCGAGCCGAGGAGAGUGGCCCUGUGGGGGAUUGGGUGGAAUGCUCCAUUGCGUAUACGCCCCGAGUUUCCAUGCACCAUUCCCGUGUGGAGCCGCGACGUGAAGAUGUCUACAUCUUUCACAAGCGCCAGCUGAAAGAAGACUUCGGGCAUCUAUAUGCCAAGCUGGGCUUUACCAUCCAGGCGGCACUGUAG